AUGUCCAAACGACACUCCCUACACCCCGGCUCCUCAUCCAACACCGCCGCACCGCCCAAGCCCCCGGUUCACCUCUCCUCCUCCCUAACCAUCGCCGAUUCCACCCUCCUCGCCGGUACGCACACCAUCUCUCUCCACGGCGAAACCGUCAUCCACCCGCGCGCCCGCAUCGAAUCCCACCUCGGCCGUGUGAGUGUCGGCCGGAAGUGUAUUGUGCAUGAGCGCGCUGUGUUGGGGGCUGCGCCUGUGUCUUCUUCCUCAGCAGCAGCUGCUGUUGUAAGGAGAGGAGGGGGUGGGGAUGGUGCUAGUGGUGGUGAUGGCGCGCCGGCUGGGGUGACGCUGGCAGAUUAUGUGACGGUGGAAGUGGCCGCGGUGAUUGAGGCGGGCGAGACGGUGGUGGGCGAGGGGACAGUGGUUGGGGUUGGGUCGAGGGUCGGCGCGGGGGCUGUUAUUGGGAAGCACUGCACGCUCACACCACACUCUGAGAUCGCCGCCGGCGAGGUGGUGCCCGAUUCUACAGUGGUUUACGCUAACGGGAUGCGGAGGACCGACAAGCGCGGGGUGGCGGAAUUGAAGAACAAGACCAUGGCGCGGCAGAUUGAUAUGCUGAGGCGGAUGAUACCGAGCAAUCCGGCCAAGUUUGCUUGA